GUCUGCUCUCUGUGAUCUCUUUGGAAUCAUUUGAUUCCCAAACUACCAUCGGCGAGUGUAAACGGCAUGGGCCUCGUAUUUAUAUUCUCCCUAGUGCAGUUGAUCUGGACGGUUAUAUCCGAACCUACAUCGCCGCAGUUUUCCUCCGACGAAGUGUUCAAGACUUCAAUCCUCAAUGCUACCAAUUCACUCAGACGUCAGCACGACGCCAACCCCCUGACCUGGAACAAUACGCUCGCAGAAACUGCCCAUGACUGGGGGGAACAAUGCCGGUUGAGGCACUCGUUUUCGCCGUCUGGCGAGAAUCUGGCCGCCGGGUAUCCUAACAUCACCUCUGUGAUGACCGCCUGGGCUCAGGGACGGGAAAAGGUUUCCUUUAACAACCCUAAAUACAAUGAAGAAACGUCCCAAUUUACACAAUUGGUGUGGAAAAGCACAAAGUCCGUUGGCUGCGGCCGGCAUAAUUGCGGCUCGGCGGGCAUGCACCCGAAGGGCCAUCAUUCUGAGAAAAAGGCCCUCGGGUGGUAUGUUGUGUGUGAGUACUAUCCGCCCGGAAAUAUUAUUGGAGGCAAUCAGUUUCGGGAAAAUGUUCAGAGAGGGCAGUAUAUAGAGCAGGGUGGCGCUAUUCGGACCAAGGAUUAUGGUUAUCGGGCUUGGAGCAUUGUUGUCACAGUUGCAGCGUUUUCCAUUGGAGUUCUAGGAAUGGCGUAAUUAGAACGUCUCGAGUUUUCAGCACUGGAUCUAUCAAUUCAUAGGAAGUGUCGAUACCAACGAUUAUAUUCAUUUCGCGGUAGUAAUAUAUCCGAGGCGUUGAGGAGAUACAUAAUCC